CUCCCGCCGGCCUCGUGGGCCUCUGCGCAGAUGCUGUGCCCGCACACUCCGCCCUCCUCUCAUCUCGCUGCGCUGCACUGAGCAGCAGCCAUGCCCUCGCCGCGCGCCGGGCCGUCGUCGCAGCUGCUGUGCUCGGCCUCGAAGCUCACGCGCCGGCUCGCUCGCCUCGCUGCACCCGGCCCGCACGAGCGAGGCACGGCUGCGCACCCCGUGGCGCCAUCGACAGACGAGGCAGCAGCGGUGCCAGCCUUUCUCUUGCCCGCCUUCUUCACUUCCGCGGCGCCGCCAGCAUGGCGCAGCCAGACCUCGGCCUUCUCUUCGCCGCGCCCGUCUUCUCAUCCACUGCGUCCGCAUGUGCGCUCCGUGCACGACGCAGCCGCAACGGCCGCAAGCAGCCGGCAACCUGCCCAAGCGCGUGAUGCUAGGGCUCUAAGUAGGGCUGCUGCGUCAUCAGCGAAGGCCGCUCGCUCGCCUCCAGUAGCGAUCAAAGCGCUGGAAGACAAGCUGAACGGCGCCGACGACGGCGAGGCACUACAGGCGCGCAUCAGGCGCUCGGCAGCCGAGCGUGGUCUCUUCGACGAAGCGCUCGAUCCUUUCGCCCGCCUCCGUGCCUGUAUCGGCUGGCUGGCCACAGACGUCGUCAAGCUCACCGACGAGCUGGCAGAGCCUGCGCACGCAGAGGGCGCUGGGCCAGAACAUGUGCGCGGAGGUCGUGAUGCGCGAGCGCGGCCAGAAGCAGAUAUCGGCCCAGCCACACCUGCUCGUAUGGCUCUUCCAGACGACGGCCUCUGGCCGACCUCCGGCGACUUGGCAAAGCGCUCGAGCCGUUCCAUGACGCGACGGCCACUCGAGCUGCAGAGCAGCGCCGCAGAUCGUGCCGUCGCGAAGCUCUUGUCGCGGUUCACUCUCACAUUUUGGCGACACGACUCCCUGUCCCUUGCACUCGUGCACGUGCCGGCCAGCGAGGGCUCGACGGAAGAUGCUCGGAAGCGUGCCCGCGAGCUAUGGUCGCUGCACGACAUGCAGCAGCUCGAGCUCGUAGCGGAGAGCGCUGAGCGUCACGGCCAUCGGCUCGCGCUUCUCGUGCUCGGCCGUCAUUGUCGCCGAUGGAUGCGCGCCGCAUCGCUGGCGAUGAUGCACAAGCACCACUGGGUGUCUGCUGAGCUCGAUGAGGUGCGCGCUGUGCUACUCGCAUUUCGGUCCGUCAACUCGCGCGUCAUCACUGCGGUCGUGGACGUCGGCCACUGGGCCUCGGUCGCCGAGCACACCGAAUCCAUGCGCCUGUUCGUGGGCGAAGUGGGCGGCGCGCUCAACGACAAGUCCUUGGCUCACGAGUGCCUCGACUUGGCGUACUUUCGAGCCUCACUCAACGCCGAUGCUGCGCUGCGAGCACCGCUCGAGCCAGAAGAGAUGCAGCUGCGGCGCGACAGUCUGCGACCGGACGAGCUGAAGCCCCACUCGGUCGCAUGGUCGACUAGCGCUCGCAUGCAACGCAAGGCGCUGAUGCACGCGGCCUUGUUCGGCAGAGACUGCGUGGCACGGCUGGAGAAGCUGUGUCGCGCUUUGCGCCGCUCGAGCGUCCGGCCGGACCAUCGCUUCAUGCGCCAGCUCUUCGACUCUCUUGCGCGCCGCGUGCAUCCGGCGAUGAACAUGCUCACCGCCCAAGCUCUGGACAGCAAGACGCAAGACGCAAUCGUCGACUCGCGACGCUGGCGUACGGUCCGUGACCAGGUCAGAACUGUGGCGCGCGAGCAGUGGCAUCACUACUGUGAGACGGUCGCAGAUGGCGAGCCGUCCACAGUCGCGCGCACGCUCGUGGCCCUGAUCCAUCUCGAGCUCGCAAUCAUCGAGCCCGUGCUCCACGCGAAGCGCUCCGUGCCUAGCGUGCGCAGCGAGGUGGACACUCACGUGGCGCAUCUGCUCGGCCUGACAAGCAAGCUGUCCGAGCUCUACUGCGAGAGCCCGUCGGAUGCGAUGACCGAGCUGCGCCGUCAGGCACGCAGCAAUUACUUCGCACUGCGCCUGCUUCUGGCCAGCGGCCACAGCGAGGCUGCCAUGCGCGAGUUCGUGUCCAUGCUCCGACUCGAUCUGUCCUGCUUCUCGUAUGAGGACCGUCCGAGGAACGGCACGCUCGAGGGGGCGCACGCACCUGGCAGCAUCCACGCUCACCGCAUCAAGAGCGGCAUCCACCAGCUGCAGCGCAGCGCAUUCGUCGCUGCUCUCUCUCAUGCCCUCUAUCGAGAGCGAGAUCGGAGCCUGCUGCACCGCGUCCUGCGCCUCGGCCGUGCGGCCGUGUCGCGAGGCACCUUUAGUGCCGAGAACAAGUUCAAGGAGCAAGCUGUGGGCAACACGCGCGACAGUCCGAGCGAGCUGGCGUACUUCUGGGGCCGGACGCUCGGUGUCCUGCUCCCAGCACGCCCGCUAGCUGUCGGCGGCGAGAACCCGCAGCUGCCUUGUCUGCCGGACGAGGUGAUGGAUGAGCUUACGCUCUCCGUCGAGGCGAUGGACGUGAGCCACGCGGGCCUGUCCCGGCGUACGCGCGGAGACUGGCGCGUUCCCUUUCACUCCGAGCUGCUCAAGCGCGAGCGCGUCAAGGCGUUCGUGUACACCGCCUUGACGCCAGCACCGGAGCCAGAAGCAUCGCCGGAGCCCGCACCUGCGCCCGUGCCGCAGUGGGCGACGUGGCUACUGGGCAAUCCGGCGCCGGCACCAAGCGCGGCUUCUGAGCUCGAUGGUCAACACACCUCCGAUCCAACAAGCUGCAGCAUGCAGCCGGAGCCCGUCGACAUCGUCGCACGCUUUCAGGCCAUCACCAAGAUGUUCGCCACGCUCCAUGCCAAGGACCAGGUCUGGACUUGGACUCGCGAAGCGCUGGCCGCACACAUGGAGCAGUCGCCUCGUACAGCUCUCGACGGCGCGGACCUCGGCGAGCUCCUGCUUCGCGAAGUCGCGCAAGCUGAAGAAGCCGCAGCGGAGAGCAGACAGCGAGACGAGCGCCUCGCAGCGCCUGCCUUGAGCGCACAGCGGGCUGCGAUCCUGGAUCGCGCUGGUCUGACGCCCAGCAUGCCGGUGCGCGAGCUCGCAAACGCGCGUCUCGACGAGCGUGAGCACUUCCUGCAGCUCGCGGAAGAGGCCUUUGCCGAGGUCGCAGGCACGGCCUUCCCAGCAGCGCAGCAGCUCUCGCCUGAUCACAGCGGCGAGAAGGCGCGAGGGGAGCCAGAAGGGAGCGAUCUUGCUCGGUCGGCGACACACCCGCUGUCUGACGAGGAGCAGCAGGACGAGAUGCCGUCGAGCGUGCGCGCAGGUCACAUGCGAUAUGCAUUGGAGGUGUAGGAGGCACUGGGGGCAAUGAGAUGAUGCGGGAUGUUGU